CUGCGCUGUGUUGUCGAGUGGAGUGGACCGGACUGUGCUGUGCUGUGCUCAUCGCGGAUUUAGAGCGUUAUAAGCUGGAUUUUGUACGUUUUAGCGACAUUUUCUGCGACUUUCCAGGUAAUCGUUUGAGCUGGACAUAGGCUGACCAUUAUGGGGGAUGACAGCGAAUGGAUGAAACUUCCCACUGACCAGAAAUGUGAGCAUAAGGUCUGGAAAGCGAGAUUAAGUGGCUACACAGAGGCCCUGCAGCAGUUUCAGAGGAUCACGGAUGAGAAGAGUCCGGAGUGGGGGAAAUAUCAAGGACUGGUCAAGAAAUUUGUCACGGACUCUAAUGCAGUGGCGCAGCUCAAGGGGCUGGAGGCAGCUCUGGCCUACAUCGGAAGCGCCCAUGUAGCGUCUAGGACGGUCGGCGAGGUAGUGUCCGGAGUGGUGUGUAAAGUGUUCAACCAGCCGAAGGCCCGAGCUAAAGAGCUGGGCUCUGAUAUCUGCCUCAUGUACGUCGAGAUCGAGAAAGCCGAGGCCGUUCAGGAGGAGCUUCUCAAAGGUCUGGACAACAAGAACCCCAAAAUCGCCCUUGCGUGUGUGGAAGUCUUGCGCAGAGCCGUGAGUGAGUUCGGAUCGAAGAUCAUCUCGCUGAAGCCUGUGGUCAAAGUGUUGCCAAAGCUGUUCGAGUCACGAGAAAAGGCCAUCAGAGACGAGGCCAAGAUGCUGGCUGUGGAGGUUUACAGGUGGAUCAGAGACGCUCUGCGCCCGCCGCUUCAGAACAUCAACUCCGUUCUGUUGAAAGAGCUGGAGGAGGAGUGGGCAAAACUUCCGUCGUCAGCGCCAAGACAGACCCGCUUCCUUCGCUCACAACAGGACCUCCGGGUGAAGUUUGAGCAACAGCAGCAGAACGAAGGAGAGGGCGGCGACGACGGAGACGGUGAGGAUUCUGAGGAAGCAGCUCCUGCUGUUGAUGCGUAUGAGCUUCUGGAGGCGGUGGAGAUUCUUUCCAAAUUGCCUAAGGACUUCUAUGAGAAGAUUGAGGCAAAGAAGUGGCAGGAGAGGAAGGAGGCUCUGGAAGCUCUGGAGGCCCUGACCAAAAAUCUGAAGCUGGAGAGCGGAGAAUAUGGAGACGUGGUCAAAGCUCUCAACAAGGUCAUUGGUAAAGACACUAACGUCAUGUUGGUGACCAUCGCUGCCAAGUGUGUGGCUGGGCUUGCCACUGGUCUCAGGAAGAAGUUUGGCACUUAUGCUGGCCAUUUGGUGCCGACUAUUUUGGAGAAGUUUAAGGAGAAGAAAGCUCAAGUGGUGCAGGCGCUGCAAGAAGCGAUAGACGCUGUGUUUCUCUCUACCACAUUACAAAAUGUAAGUGAAGAUGUUUUGGCUGUGAUGGACAACAAGAACCCGUCGGUCAAGCAGCAGGCCUCACUGUUCCUGUCCCGAAGCUUCCGCCACUGCACCCCCACCACUCUGCCAAAGAGUCUCCUCAAGCCAUUCUGUGUUGCGCUGCUGAAGCUAGUGAACGACUCCGCUCCGGAGGUCCGAGACGCGGCCUUUGAGGCUUUGGGCACGGCUAUGAAGGUGGUGGGCGAGAGAGCGGUUAACCCUUUCCUGGCUGAUCUAGAUAAACUGAAAGUUGACAAGAUUAAGGAGUGUUCAGGGAAAGUGGAGCUGGCUGGAGGAAAGAAACCUGCAGGACAGGUGAAGGCUCCAUCUAAGCCUGAGCCACCAGCGGAGGCACCAGCUAAAACCUCUGGACCUCCCAAAAAGACCCCUGCACCUGCUGUCGCCAAGCCUUCAGCCCCCACGAAGAAGGGCAAACCUGCUGCACCCAAAGGAACUGCUCCUACCAAAGCCAAGAAAACGGAGAGCAAAGAGUUGAAUGAGGCUGAGCUCUCGCCUGAGGUGUGCGAGGAGAAAGCAGCUGUGGUCCUCCCGGCUUCUUGUAUGCAGAUGUUGGACAGUGCUAACUGGAAGGAAAGGCUGGCUGCGAUGGAGGAGUUCCAUAAAGCCGUAGAGCAGAUGGACAGCAAAGAGAUGCCCUGCCAGGCUCUCGUCCGCAUGCUGGCCAAAAAACCUGGCUGGAAGGAGACAAACUUCCAGGUGAUGCAGCUGAAACUUCAGGUGGUUUCUGCAGUGGCCCAAAGGGGCUCGUUCUCCAGGACGUCUGCGCUCGCCGUGCUGGAGGCCGUGCUGGAGAAGGUUGGAGAUGUGAAGUGUGGAGUAAGAGCAAAGGAGGCUCUGACUGGUAUUGCAGAGGCCUGCAGCCUCCCAUGGACUGCGGAACAGGUUGUAUCUUUAGCCUUUGCCCAGAAGAACCCAAAGAACCAGGCUGAAGCCCUCAGCUGGCUUUCUAAUGCUAUAAAGGAGUUUGGCUUUGCGGGAAUAAACGUGAAGGCUUUCAUUAAUAACGUGAAGGCGGCCCUGGCGGCCACCAACCCUGCUGUGAGAACUGCUGCCAUUUCCCUGCUGGCUGCGAUGUACCUGUACAUGGGCGCUCCCCUCCGCAUGUUCUUUGAAGACGAGAAAGCUGCCCUUCUGUCCCAAAUAGAUGCAGAAUUUGAAAAGAUGAAGGGACAGACUCCACCUGCUCCAAUCAGAGGCUGCUCUAAAGCGAGUGGAGGAGAGGAGGCAGACGCGCAGGAGGAAGAAGCUGAGGGUGGAGAAGAUGUGGUGGAUCUUCUGCCUAGGACUGACAUAAGUGACAAAAUCACAUCCGAGAUGGUGUCGAAAAUCGGCGAUAAGAACUGGAAGAUGAGAAAGGAAGGGCUGGAUGAAGUAGCUGCUGCUCUUUCAGAAGCAAAGUUCAUCAAACCCAGUAUAGGAGAGCUGCCUGUGGUUCUAAAGGCUCGACUUGCUGACUCCAAUAAAAUACUGGUCCAGCAGACGCUGUCCAUCCUGCAGCAGAUGGCGACAGGAAUGGGACCAGCUAUAAAGCAACACGUCAAAGGCCUGGGCUUUCCCAUCCUCACUGUACUGGCAGACAGCAAGAACACGGUGCGCGCGGCGGCUUUGGCGACACUCAAUGCGUGGGUGGAGCAGACUGGAAUGAAGGAGUGGCUGGACGGGGAGGAAUUAUCGGAGGAGCUGAAGAAGGAGAACCCAUUCCUCAGACAAGAGCUUCUGGGCUGGCUGGCAGUAAAGCUGCCGACUCUGCGCUCCGUUCCCUCCGACCUCCUGCUGUGCCUUCCACACCUGUACUCCUGCCUGGAGGACCGUAAUGCUGACGUGCGGAAAAAGGCCCAGGAUGCCCUGCCCAUGUUCAUGAUGCACCUGGGGUGCGACAAGAUGAACAAAGCUGCUGCCAAGCUGAAGCCUGCGUCUAAAGAUCAGGUGGUUGGUUUGUUGGAGAAAGCUCGGGCCUCCGUACCUGCGAAGCCGGCGGCUCCAGCUAAAGCAGCAGCUGCAACCAGCAACGCCGUCAAACCUGCAACAGCUGCUACAGCUCUCCCAGCUCCAGCUAAAGCUGCACCAGUGAAUGAACAGGUGCCAGCGGAAGCCAAGAAGACCAAACCAGCGUCUGCUCCCAAAGCCAAGGAGCUGGACACCAGCGCAAACACGAGUCUCAAUAGCAGCCUGGAGAAAGAAAACGGUAGUUUCGGCGGUAAAUCGAAAAGCCGCUCCAAGACAAAAACCAGCAAGGCAGUAGUGAAGAAGCCCCCCGGAAAAGCUGAGGAGGAUCGGUCCGGCCCCAUCUUCACCCUGGUGCCCAACGGCAAAGAGCAGCGUGUCAAAGAGGAGAAGAGUCUAAAGGUGCUGAAGUGGAACUUUAUUACCCCUCGGGAGGAGUUUGUUGAUCAGCUGAAGGCUCAGAUGGCUCAGUGUGUGGCUAAAUGGCUGAUGGAGGACCUCUUCCACUCCGACUUCCAGAGACACAUCAAAGCCAUCAGCACCAUGAUGGAGCAUAUCGAGGCCGAAGCCGAGGCCACGGUCAGCUGUCUGGACCUGAUCCUGAAGUGGUUUACUUUGCGCUUCUUUGACACCAACACCAGCGUCCUGAUGAAGGCUCUGGAGUACCUGAAGCUCCUCUUCGUCGCCCUCAGUAAUCAGGAUUAUCACCUCACUGAGCACGAGGCCACUUCCUUCAUCCCCUACCUGAUCCUGAAGGUGGGCGAGCCGAAGGAUGUUGUGCGUAAAGAUGUGCGCAGCAUUAUCAGCCUGUUGCGGAGGGUUUAUCCCGCCAGCCGAGUUUUCCCAUUCCUUAUGGACGGCACCAAGUCCAAAAACUCCAAACAGAGAGCUGAGUGUCUGGAGGAGCUGGGCUGUCUCGUGGGCUUGUGUGGAAUGUCUGUCUUCCAGCAGACGGCAACGAAGGCUUUGAGAGAGAUCGCUGUUCAUAUCGGGGACCGUGACACGGCCGUACGCAACGCCGCUCUAAACACUGUGGUGGCGGCUUAUAACGUCUGCGGAGAGCAGGUUUACAAGCUCAUUGGCCAGCUGUCUGAUAAAGACAUGAGCAUGCUGGAGGAGAGGAUUAAGCGCUCUGCGAAGAAGCCCUCCGCUGCGGCCGCCCCUGCCAGCAAACCUCCGGAGGAGAAAGUGGCCGUGUCGGCUAACGCCAGCGCUCUGAGGAAACCUAGUUCAGACCAGGCUCCGCUCAAACUGAGUGAAAUCCGCAGUCAGAAUGCAGUGGAGCAGCAGCAGAGCUCUGCUGUGCCCCGCGAGUUCCAGCUAGACCCAAAUUUCAUUGUGGAUCUGCCGGAGACGAUCAUGCCUGACCUGCUGGUGGUGGAGGCGGCUGACCCCUCACCGCUCGACGUGCUGGAGUUCAAGUUCAGGUUGCCGUCGAUCUCUGGCGGCAGCAGCCAUGAAGAGUCCGUCUCCAACAUCAAUCUCAUCAUCUCUCAGGUUGCCAGCUCAGACGCCAAAACCAGCAUUCAGGGCUUAACGAAGAUAGUACAGAUUUUGCAUCAGGAGAGCCAGUGGAAGCUGAUGUGUGGUCACGUGGACGAGUUCAUCGUUGCUACACUCAUGCAGCUCCGCCUGCUGGCCAGCAGGCGCAUGGUGGACGAGAGAACGGACAGACAGCAGCAAGUAGAGAAACUGUACAGCUCAGUCAUCGACUCCCUAAACUCGCUGGUCUUAGCAGGUAAGCUGGCUCAGGAGACCUCUCCAGGUGUGCUGAAGGAUCUGGUCCAUGCACUUCUGACUCUAAUCUUAGACCCUCGGCACCAGCAGAGCUCAGGGCAGUCUCAGCUCAUCCGCUCUGUUCAUGUCGUGCUUUCCGCUCUGUUCAAGACUGCAGAUCCCACCAACACACUCAGCGCCUUGCUGAUGCUCUUACAAGAGGCCUAUAACUCCACCGCCUGCUCACCGGAGUUCUCUGAAAUGGUCAUGAAGUGUCACUGGCGUAUGAUCAAGCUUCUUCCGGAGAAGGUCGAGGCGCUCUAUCUGGACCGAAUUCUUCUGGACAUUCACAACUUCAUGAAGCUCUUCCCUAAAGAGAUGCUGAAGCAGAAGCCGAAUGACAUGGCCCACCGCACGGUCAGAACCCUGCUGCACACGCUCUACAGGCUCGUAGGGCCAAAGAUUAUGGAUCAUUUGAGCCUGAUUGAAAACCGCAGUGAGUCUGACGUUGAAGCUCAUCUGAAACGGGCUAUGAAGCACUCGGUCCCACCACCUUCCCAAAUGUCAAAGGACUUUGAGAACGUCAGCAUAGCGAAGACCCAGCACCCCACAGAGUCUGUCCAGAGUUCAGUGAAGCCUGCAGCCAGCUCCAGCAGGGAGAGCGUGAACCCUGCGCACUAUCAAGAGAGGCUGAAGGCUCUGAGGCAACUCUACGGCCUUGGCAACAACUCUAAGUCGGUCAGCGAGAAGUCCACCCUCCCUGCUGUGAGCGCUAAGCCGGCCGUCUCCUCCAUGGACGUGCUGCAGUCUCAGCUCACUAAACUCCGCGAGUCUCGGGAACAGCAGGACACUCAAAACGUCUGUCCUCGCAGUCCAGCUCGCACCGCCGGUCCUCCUCCCGACCUCAACGACUUCAAAGCCAGACUAGAAAAGAUCAAAGCCAACCUGCGCUGAUUUUCAUCGGUUUCUAAACUUCUUGCUUUCUUUCUGCACCUUCAUUGCCACUUGGAGCACCGCCUACCUCCUCUACAGUGACUUCUGUUUUACAUGUUCCUGUAUUAUUUUGUAUUUACUUAUUUGUGUUUGUGUAUGUUUGUGUGUGUAUCUGUGUUUUUCUUCAGAAUUAAGUUUUUAAUCAAGAUGUUUCGAUAAUGCCUUGUUUUUCAAACUUGUCAGUUUUUACUAACUUGGUAAUGCAAUGUAAAUAAAUGAAUGACUAAAUGUC